UAUUGAUACUUGCUAUUUAUAUAUUUGUAGAUUCUACUUACGAGUUCAGUUAUUCUAAUUCUCCACGAAACUCUUGUCAUUCAUCUAAAACUGAAGUUUCUCCAAACUUUACCAAAUAUUGGACUCCUGAGUGUGCUGAGAGCUAUAAGCCUCAUGUUGGUAUGAUUUUCACAAAUGUUGCUGCUGGAGUUCAAUUCUACAAACAGUAUGCUACUCUUUGUGGCUUUGAUAUCCGCAAAAGUACCUCUAGAAAGAGUAGUGAUGGAGCUUGUGUGUGGAAGUAUAUUCUGUGUAACAGAGAAGGAUUCAAAAAUCUGCCUAAACCUAGCAAUAUUGAAUCCAGCUCUUGUGUUGGUGAUGGAACUGAAUCCAUGAAUACAGAAUCUAGCUCUUCUAAUUCUGAGAAUGUUGCUGGCUGUAAUGAGGAAGUGAAAAGCUCAGAACCAAAAGGCAUUCCUUCGAAUAAGAGACGUCGUGUAUCAAAUCGUGUUGGUUGCCGUGCACGUUUAGUUAUGAGGUUACAUGCUGGACAUGGAUAUUUGGUUACCCGUUUUGAAGAGCGGCAUAAGCAUCCCAUGACGUCUACCCCAUCUCGCCCAUUUCUAAAAGUAAAUCGAGCUCUUGAUGCUGGCCAUCAAAAUUUUGUUUUGAAUUGUUCCAAAGCUAAUAUUGGAACAAUGAAAUGUUAUCGUUUGUAUAAAGAAACUGUGGGUGGGUAUUCCAAUAUUGGCGCAACUGCUGUUGACUUUAAGAACUUCAAGCGUGAUUUGAAGGCUUAUGUUUCUGGUGUUGAUGCACAAAUGCUGGUUGAUAAACUUUUUAGAAAGCGGGAGACUUGUUCUGAGUUUUUCUUCGCUUAUGAUGUUGAUGCCAGUGAUCAAUUGACUCGUAUUUUUUGGGCUGAUCCUGUAUGUAGAAAGAAUUAUGCUCUAUUUGGUGAUGUGGUCUCCUUUGACGCGACUUUUGAGACCAAUAGGUACAAUAUGGUUUUUGCCCCUUUUACGGGUGUAGAUAACCAUAAGAAGUGCAUCACUUUCGCUGCUGGCCUGAUCUCGAAGGAAGACAUUGAGUCAUAUGAGUGGAUUUUUCGUUCUUUUAUUAGUGCAAUGACUAAGGAACCAACGUGCAUCAUAACUGACCAAGAUCCAGCGAUACGCGCUGCUAUUGAAAAUGUCUUCACAGUCUCCCGUCAUCGCUAUUGCAUGUGGCAUAUCAUGUCCAAGUUAACUGCCAAGGUUGGUCCCACUCUUAGUCAGGAUACAGAAUUUUUGACAAAAAUAAAUAGUGUUGUAUGGAAUAACCAUCUCCAAGUUGAAUCUUUUGAAAGGAAGUGGAUGUCUGUCAUGGAGGAAUAUGACUUGUUAAGCCAUAAGUGGUUCUCUCACAUGUUUGACAUUCGUAAGUUUUGGAUUCCUGCAUAUUUCCGUGAUUUAUUUAUGGCUGGAAUGCUUAGGACAACAUCAAGAUCGGAGAGCGAGAAUAAUUUUUUUAAUGAGUUUACCAAUCCACAUUUUAGUUUGGUUGAAUUCUUUAUGCAGUUUGAUAGUGCCAUGGACUCACAGAGGCAUAUUUAUGCUCAACUGAACUCAGUUUCUGAGUCAUCCAUUCCUGUAUACAAUACUCCCUUAGGUAUCGAAAGAUUUUGUUCUUCAAUCUACAAUCUGUCUGUUUUCUAUGAAGUGCAACAGGAGAUUUCUGCUGCUUGCUUUUCUUGUCGUGUUUUGCGCGUGGAAACUGUUGGUGAUGUUCUUCAGUACUCCAUAUCUGAUGAACGGGGUCUGGUUUUUGAUGUAGUGCACAAUGUUUCUUCUGAUAGUGCAUCAUGUAGCUGUAAGUAUUUUGAAAGGUUUGGGUUGCUGUGUCGCCAUAUUUUUGUUGUUCUGAAGGACCUUAAGUUUGAAACCUUACCCUCCCAAUUUGUGUUACCACGCUGGUGUAAGAGUUCUGUAAUUAGGUCGAAGUCAAAAGUUGGUGACAUUUUAGAUGAUCAAUGUGCUUCUAUGGAAAAAGAUAAACAUCAAGUUAAACAUCUAUGGUCUGAUAUUUAUUUCUGUGUGGGAUUUGUUGAGCAUCACCCAGAUUUGUUCAAAGAAUUUGCAGACCAUAUCAAACUUCAAAAGGACAAGUUUAUGUCCUUAGAGGCAUCAAGUGGAUCUAGUAGCACAAAAAACGACAUCAUUAGCUCAUUCUAUGGUUCUUCUAUCCCGAGUGAAGUUAAUGUGCAUCCACCCGAGAUUGCAAGGAACAAGGGCUGUGGGAAGAGAAUAAAAGGUGGUAAAGAGAAGUCAAUUGAAGCUUCCAAGAAGUCUAAAAGACUAUGCCGCACUUGUAACGAGCUUGCUUUCCAUGACAGCAGAAAUUGUCCUCUAAAUUCUUAGAAAUAACCAAAUUCAAGUUGUCUAAUGUGUUGGAGUUUCAAUGUUUCAUGACUCGUUUGUUUUUUUCUGAAUUGUGGUGAAGUUUUGCUUGUACCCAAGUGUUUACUUUCUGUUGGACAAGAAUCAUA